CUGCGGCCGCGGAGGAGCGAAGAACCUGCGCCAUCCAGCUCGGCGUCGGGAUGGCUGCCCCGGCGCGGCCGCAGCGCGCCCCCGGGCGGCGGGGAGGCCAGGCCACGGAGGCCGCAGCGCCGGAAGAUGCUGUCUCGCACCAAGUGCUCUCGGAAGAGCGCGGCGUCGAUGCUGCGGCUCAGGUUGAUGGGUGAUGGCGGCCGCAGGUCUAGCUCGCUCAUCGAUGGCGCCGGCCCCAUGCUGCUGCGGGACGGUCCCGGGCCACCCAGGGGACCGCGGCCCAGCGACGCAGCCGAACCCCAGGCGCCUGAACUGGGCGUGGCUGGAGGCCCACCCUCCGCCGGGUUGCGCAUGAGGCUCUUGCUAAUGUCCAGGUUACCUGCGCCGACGCUGCUGGGCCCCGCGUAGCAGUUGUUGGGCCUCUCGGGCACCUCGCUCUUGCCGGAGGGCGUAGGGCACGCCAGGCGCAGCAGCUUAGCCCAGCAGGCGUGCUCUGUGGGCGGCCUGGGCCUCGCGGCGGCCAGAGCGGCCAGCGCCAGGGUGAGCGCCCACGUCAGCUCCAGCAGGCGCAGCCAGAAGUGGACGCCCCACCAGGCCCACGAGAAGUGGCCCACCCGGCCGGGGCCCGGGUACAGCCAGAGCGCGGCCGCCAGCUGCAAGCCACUGGCCAGCAGCCCCAGCGCGCCCGCCACGGCCAGCAGCCUGGGGCCCGGGCUGGCAUCCCAGCCCCUCGGCCCGUCCAGCAGGCGGCGACGGCACAGGCAGAGCGUGCCCAGAGCCACGGACGCGCCCCAGGCGCACGAUAAGCCCUGAGCCAGGAGGUUGAGCGCAGGCCUCGCCGACAGCAGGUCUGUGGCGAGCAGCCCCAAGCCGUGCGCCAACGCCAGCGCUCCCAGGAGGAGCGGGUUCUGCAGCUGCUGUGGCAGACCCGCGCCCAGGCCGAGCAGGGUCAGGGCCGCCAGCGCGGUGAGUAGCAAGGGAAAGGGCAGAUUGUAGAGCACCAGGCCGGCGCGUAAACCCAGUCGUGCCUGCGAGCCAUAGGGGUCGGUGAGCAUGUAGGCGGACCGCAGCCCCGACGCCACCAGCACCAGCACCGCCGCCACCAGUGCCAACCGUGGCCCCGCAGGGGCGGCUGCCAGCGAGGCCAGUGCCAACAACGCAGGCAGCAGGAAGAGCACCCCGACCCCGUAGACGUGCAGCUCCCAGGAAAAGCUCAGCACCCGCCGCAGGGGACCCCAGCGCAGGGGAGGUCAAAUAUCAGAGAGGUGGAGAGGGAGAGAAAUACUACGCCCGUGCCUUUACGCCCGUGCCUUUGAGGAGGGACCUGGGUUUCAAUCCCAGUUUCACCAUUUCCUGGCCCCCUUAACUAUGUCAACAAAUAAUUGGAGGACAUACUAUGUGCCAAACCUUGGGGAUAAAACAGUGAAGAAGAUUGACAAGAUGCCUGGCCUCACGGAGCUGGUAUUCUAGGGGGUCCGAAAAGCUUUGCAGAGGAGGAGACAGCAGAGUCGGGCCUUCAGUGAUAAGCAUCUACCAUCUGCUCACCACCCGCAAUCCAAGAGAUGUAGUCACCUCCGGAUGAGGAGGGGGCUGCACAGUCCUGGUUUCCUGCUGCUGAAGAGCCAGCAAGUCCAAGCUCAGAGAGGUGAAGUAAUUUGUCCAAGGACACACAGCAAAUAAGAAGCCAAACCAUAAGAGCCAGUGAUCUUAAGAGUGAUGACACCAUCCUGCCCCUCUGGAGGCAUCUCGGAGAUAGAAGGGAAGAUGAAAAUCCCAGGCCUUCCAGGUGGCUCCAACUGUGCUAGGAGUUUGAGUCUGAAAAUAGGCCUCCAACUGGGAUCUCUGUUGAAAGGACAGCAGACCACCAGCGUUGGGAGUUGUUGGGAGCUCCUACCCUAGAGUACCUUGGAAGCUCCCAAGGAAAGGGAGAGAGAAGGAAAAGACAAAGUUUUAGAUUCUACCUAUUGACUACUACAAAGGAACGUGAAGAUUUAGCUCUCAUAUUGCCUUCCACAUUUUUCUGCACCGCUUUUGUUUAUAUCAUAAGUCUGCAUUUACAAUACGAGAAGCACGAAACAGAUUAUUCAGGCUGAGUCAAGAGUGUACUGUGAUUAUAAUUCCUUUGCUAGAUGUUCUGUUUUUCCUGGGGUCACGAGAGAGUGAGAUCGCCGGAGAGGGGAGGGAGCUGACCUGUCGGAGACUUGUUCCUGGGUGAGCUUCUUGUCGCUCUGCAGCAGGAUGGACACGUAGUGGCGAAUCAUGCCCACGAAGAAGGUGAUGAUAACGAUAGGCAGGACCACCCAGAGGCGGAUGUUGGAGUCGAGCAGCAGCUCCGGCCCUGCCAUCUUCACAGAGAGCCGGCUCCCGGCCACUUGUAGCCGGGUCGAUCUUCACCGGGGCGCAGGUCUGCUCGUCGAGUUCGCCUCCGGGCCUUCUCACGCCCCUCAGCCAGGCGAGCCCGGAACCCCACCUCAGCCUCUGCCCUUGCGCCCUGCCCCCCGCCGGGCCGCGCGGCCGCCGGCUUCCGGCGGGGAAGUUUGACGUCACGGCGAGGCGCGCUUCGACGGCGUCCGUGUGGCGUUGCGCCGCGCGGGAAAGUCGAAAAGGAUGAGCAACAAAGGCUUCUCGGCGGUAAUUUAACUGAAGAAGGCUUUGGUCAAAAUGGUUUCCAAAAGAAGACUCCCAACAUCUGAGGAUAGAGGGAGCCUGACAGAAGAUGCCUCUAAAGCCAGGAAACAGCCACUUUCCAAAAAGACAAAGAAAUCUCAUGUUCAUAAUGAAGUUGAAGAGAAUGACAGUGUCUUUGUAAAGCUUCUUAAGACAUCAGGAAUUACUCUUAAAACAAGAGAGAGUCAGAAUCAACUAGCUGUGGAUCAAAUCGUUUUCCAAAAGAAGCUCUUUCAGACUCUGAGGAAACAUCCUUCUUAUCCCAAAAUAGUAGAAGAAUUCGUUAGUGGCCUGGAGUCUUACAUUGAGGACCAAGACAGUUUCAGGAACUGCCUUUUGUCUUGUGAACGUCUGCAGGAUGAGGAAGCCAGCAUGGGCACAUCUUACUGUAAGAGCCUCAUUAAAUUGCUUCUGGGGAUUGACUUAUUACAGCCUGCCAUUAUCAAAAUCUUAUUUGAAAAGUUGCCAGAAUUUCUUUUCAAAAACGUGAACAGUGAUGGACUCAACAUGCCUCGACUCAUCAUCAAUCAACUGAAGUGGCUUGACAGAGUUGUGGAUAGUAAGGAUCUCACCACCAAGAUCAUGCAGCUGAUCAGUAUUGCUCCAGUGUACCUGCAGCAUGACUUUGUCACCAGCCUACCUGAGAUCCUAGGGGAUUCCCAGCAUGCUGAUGUGGGGAAAGAACUCAGUGACCUUCUAACAGAGAAUACUCUGCUCACUGUCCCCAUCCUGGAUGUCCUGUCUAGCCUCCGACUUGAGCCGAAGCUCCUGACUAAGGUCCGCAAGUUAGUGAUGGGUAAGCUGUCAUCUGUCACGUUGGACGAUUUACCUAUGAUCAUCAAGUUCAUUCUUCAUUCCAUAACAGCCACGGAUGCACUUGAGGUAAUUUCUGAGCUUCGGGAGAAUUUGGAUCUGCAGCAUUGUAUUUUGCCAUCAUGGUUGCAGGCUUCUCAAAGCAAGUUGAAAAAUAAAGGACAAACGAGUUCUUCAGGAAAUCAAGAAAACAGCGGUCAAGACUGUGUUAUUCUUCUCUUUGACGUAAUAAAGUCAGCUGUUAGAUAUGAGAAAAUCAUUUCAGAAGCCUGGAUUAAGGCAAUUGAAAACACCACCUCAGUGUCGGAACACAAGCAGAUUCUUGACCUGGCAAUGCUCUUCAUCAUCUAUAGCACCAACACUCAGACAAAGAAGUACAUUGAGAGGGUGCUAAGAAAUAAGAUUCGAUCAGGCUGCUUUGAAGAACAGCUGCUACAGAGUACAUUCUAUGUUCAUUACGUGGUUCUUAAGGAUAUUUGUCCAUCCGUUUUGUCACUGGCGCAGAGUUUGUUGCACUCCCUAGACCAGAGCAUAAUUUUGUUUGGCAGUCUCAUAUACAAAUAUGCAUUUAUCUUUUUUGACACUUACUGCCAGCAGGAAGUGAUUGGUGCCCUAGUGACCCAUAUCUGCAGUGGGAACGAAGCUGAAGUUGAUACUGCAUUGGAUGUCCUCCUAGAGUUGGUACUUCUAAACCCAUCUGCUAUGAGGCUGAAUGCUGUCUUUGUGAAGGGCAUUCUAGACUAUCUGGAUAAUAUGUCACCCCAGCAAAUACGAAAACUCUUCUAUAUUCUCAGCACACUGGCAUUUAGCAAACAGCAUGAAGCCAGCAGUCACAUCCAGGAUGACAUGCACCUGGUGAUACGAAAACAGCUCUCUAGCACCAUGUUCAAGUACAAGCUCAUUGGUAUUAUUGGUGCUGUCACUAUGGCUGGCAUCAUAGCGGCAGACAGAAGUAGAUCUUCCAGUUUGACCCCAGGGAGAGGAGACCUCAGCAGUGAACAGUGUACACAGGUGACCUCCUUGCUACAGUUGGUUCAUUCCUGCAGUGAGCAGUCUCCUCAGGCCUCUGCACUUUAUUAUGAUGAAUUUGCCAACCUGAUCCAAGGCAGAAAGCUGGCUCCAAAAGUGCUGGAAUGGGCUGGGCAAACCAUCUUUAAUGAUUUCCAGGAUGCCUUUGUGGUGGACAUCUGUGUUGUUCCAGAAGGUGACUAUCCAUUUCCCGUGAAAGCUCUCUACGGACUAGAAGACUAUGAUAGUUGUGAUGGGAUUGCCAUCAACCUCCUGCCACUGUUGUUCUCUCAGGACUUUGUGAAAGAUGGGGGUAGACUGACUUCGCAGGAAUCAGACCAAAAAUUGGUUUCUCCGUUGUGCCUGGCUCCCUACUUCCGGUUACUGAGACUUUGUGUGGACAGACAACAUAAUGGAAACUUGGAGGAGAUUGAUGGUUUAUUAGACUGUCCUAUAUUCCUCACUGACCUGGAGCCUGGAGAGAGACUGGAGUCCAUGUCUGUUAAAGAGCGUUCAUUCAUAUGUUCACUUAUAUUUCUUACUCUCAACUGGUUCCGAGAGGUUGUAAAUGCCUUCUGUCGGCAAACGUUGCCUGAGAUGAAGGUGAAGGUGCUCACCCGGUUAAAGCACAUUGUAGAGCUGCAGCAACUCCUGGAAAAGCACUUGGCAGUCACUCCAGACUAUGUUCCUCCGCUUGCAAACUUUGACUUGGAAACUUCAGAAGUAACACCUCAUACCAGUGCUGCUGUUUCAGCAAAAAUCAGAAUACAAGGAAAUUUAGGAGGAAGGAAACGAAAAGCAGAUGGCAGCAAAAUAUCCUCCCCUGACCCACUUUCAAAGGAGGAUAAUUCAGAAUGCGACCCUGCACCAUCUGAUAGGAGCCCGCUGGAAAAGGAGUUCAGAGGGAAAGAAGAAAAGACAUCAGUAUCGUUACAGAAUUACCACGCUUUUUUCCGAGAACUGGACCUUGAGGUCUUCUCUAUUCUGCAUUGUGGGCUCGUGGCCAAGUUCAUCUUAGAUACUGAAAUGCACACUGAAGCUACAGAAGUUGUGCAGCUUCAGCCCCCUGAGCUGCUUUUCUUGCUGGAAGAUCUCGCCCAGAAGCUGGAGAACAUGCUAACACCUUCUGUGACCAGGAGAUUCCCCUUCCUCAAGAGCAAAGGAAACCGGAAUAUUGGAUUCUCACAUCUCCACCAGAGAUCUGCCUCAGAAAUCGCUCAUAGUGUUGUUCAACUGCUGAGCCCUAUGUGUAACCAUCUGGAGAACAUUCACAACUAUUUUCAGUGCUUAACUGCUAAGAAUCAUGGUGUAGUUGAUGGACCAGGAAUUAAAGGUCAAGAGUACCACAUAAUGUCUUCCUGCUAUCAGAGGCUACUGCAGAUUUUACAUGGACUUUUUGCUUGGAAUGGAUUUUUUCAACCUGAAAAUACUAAUUUACUGUACUCAGCCCUUGAGGUCCUUACUAACCGACUGAAGCCGGGAGAGCCUGACCAAGCCUUGGAGGAGCUGCUUAGCCAGAGCUUCCAUUACUUGCAGAAUUUCCAUCUCAGCAUUCCCAGUUUCCAGUGUGCUCUUUAUCUCAUCAGACUUUUGAUGGUCAUUUUGGAGAAAUCUACAGCUCCUACUCAGAACAAAGGAAAAAUUGCUUCCCUGGCCAGACAGUUCCUUUGUCGGGUGUGGCCAAGUGGGGAGAAAGAGAAGAGCGGCAUUCCUAAUGACCAGCUUGAGGCUUUGCUUAGCAUCUACCUGGAGCACACAGACGGUGUUCUGAAGGCCAUAGAGGAGAUCGCUGGUGUUGGUGUCCCGGAACUGAUCAACUCUCCUAAAGAGGCAUCUUCCUCCACAUUCCCUACACUGACCAGGCACACGUUUGUCAUUUUCUUCCGUGUGAUGAUGGCUGAACUAGAGAAGACAGUGAAAGGUCUUCAGGCUGGAACAGCAGCAGACUCGGAGCGGAUUCAUGAAGAGAAGCUCCUCUACUGGAACAUGGCUGUUCGAGACUUCAGUAUCCUCAUCAACCUGAUAAAGGUGUUUGAUAGCCGUCCUGUUCUGCAUGUAUGUUUGAAGUACGGGCGUCUCUUUGUGGAAGCAUUUCUGAAGCAGUGUAUGCCUCUCCUAGACUUCAGUUUUAGAAAACAUCGGGAAGAUGUUCUGAGUUUACUGGAAACCUUCCAGUUGAAUACAAGGCUGCUUCAUCACCUGUGUGGGCAUUCCAAGAUUCACCAGGACACGAAACUCACCAGACAUGUGCCUUUGCUCAAAAAGACCCUGGAGCUGUUAGUUUGCAGAGUGAAAGCCAUGCUCAUCCUCAACAAUUGCAGAGAGGCUUUUUGGCUGGGCAAUCUCAAAAACCGGGACUUGCAGGGUGAAGAGAUUAUAUCCCAGAAUUCCCAGGAGAGCGCAGCAGAUGAGAGUGAGGAUGAUGCGUCAUCUCAGGUCUCCAAGAGCAAAGGAACAGAGGACAGUGGAGAAGAUGAAGCAAGUGAUGGAGCAAAGAAGCAAGAGAGUGAUGAGAGUGAUGAUGACUGAUUAGACCACAGAAAGAUACUCCCUCCCCAUCUCUGCCAGCUGCUUACCCUUUUGUGUUCAGGGUUUCACAUCUGCUCUCUGCCUUUCUAACUGGAAGCAUCCUAUUUUGUCCUUAAAGAAGGGGCUUUAUUGAAUCAACUUAAUUGUGGAUUUCACAGGUUGUCUACCAACAUCAAAGACCGUGGCUCAGAAUUCGAAUGUAGUGUUACUUACCAAUUUAGGCGAACAUGGCAGUGCUGUGCUGCAGAGUAGGCAUGAUUCUGAGCUUCAGGAGCUAGUUUUGAAACUCUGGAUUUAUUCUAGAAUUUAGGCUUGUACCAGUUUUACAAAUAAAUUCUGUUUUAAGUUCUA